AUGUCCAGAUGCCUCUCAACCCUCAUGGGGGUUCAAUUAUGCAGUGGAAGGACUGCGGUGAAGCUAACAACCAUACUUUCCAAUGAAGGUUCCCGACUGGAUGUUCCCAUGGAUCAUUUUAGCCAACAAUCCGACAAGGCUUUCUCGAUACCUAUCAUGAGAAUGCUAGCCAAGAAUGCAUCUGCAACCGGAGAUAGACAUGUCUUCCUGAACCCCGGGGGACCUGGAGCCAGUGGAGUGGGCUUUCUGCGGGGAUCUGCAUCCGAUCUCAAUAAGCUCAUUGGGGAAGACUUCCACUUACUCAGUUUCGACCCUCGUGGCGUAAGUGGAUCAGUGCCGAAAGCUAUUUGCUACGCAAGCAACGCCGAACGCACUGCCGCGUUCGCCAGCAACCCUUGGGACCUUCAAUUCCAAGCCGGUGAGAUGUACACCAGGGCCGAGAAUAAAGCAAAUGCUUGUAAAGAUAUGAUGGGCGAGUAUGGGAGAUACAUAAACACUCCACAGAGAGCUGCUGAUAUGGACUUGAUCCUCGACGCGAUCGGACAGCAGAAGAUGUUUUAUUGGGGACUUAGUUAUGGAACCACACUCGGUCAGACAUAUGCGCAGAUUUUCCCAGAGCGGGUCUCCCGAAUGGUACUUGACGGCAUCAAUGAUCUGGAUGAAUGGUACAAUUCCUUUUUAUUCGAAGAGUACUUAACCGACACGGACAAAAUCUUCACCGGCUUUGUAGAAGAAUGUUUCAAAGCUAAAGAAGCUUGCCCGUUGCACUCAAUCAAGGGAGAGCAAUCAAGGUCGCCUAGCCAACUUCAGUCCCAUAUUGUUAGCUUCUUGCGCGAGCUUGAAGAAGAGCCAAUUCCCGUUUACUUGAAUAGCACGAGUUAUGGUGCAAUCACUCGACGAAGUCUAGUACGCAACGGAAUAUUAUUCGCCCUAUACAAGCCAUCAACUUGGUCUGCCUUUGCACACAACUUGGUUGAGCUAAUUAACGGCAACACGACCCCUGCUUACAACGCAUACUCCGAGUCAUGGGUUCUCAAGUAUCUCGUCGAUGAUUCCACUACCUUCAUUGGUUUGAAUGAUAACCGAAAAAGCGGGAAGGAUGCCCCAGUACAUGAAGCAAAGAAAGCUCAGAACAGCUUUGAAGGCGCUCGCCUUGUGCAGCAGACAUCGUAUGGCCACUGUACUCUCAGCAUGCCUUCUUUAUGUACCGUUGGACAUCUGAGGCGGUAUCUCAAUGAAGGAGUACUACCGGAGCCCGAAGCAACGUGUGGCAUUGAUGCCGACUAUUUCCCAUCUGCUCGGGGAUCUGCAGUGUCUACUUUGAGCGUGGAAGAGGAGGAUUUGCUCGGUAGUCUUCAUGAAUUAGCGACUAAAGGUGUCUUCCUCAUUAAAGGCCAAGUGUAA